AUGGCGUCGUUUUCGAGCGAGGCGCUUCGCGCGUGGCGCGCGGGGGACGAGGAAGACGCGCGCGAACGCGCGGCGUUGAUCGCGGCGAGCUCGGGGGCGGAGUGCGGCGCGAAUGGGGCGCGGGGGGGGGGCGACGACGGCGGCGCGAGGGCGAGCGCGCGAGGACGACGCGCGCUCGCGGCGGCGGCGUGCGUCGCGGCGCUGGUGGGCUUGGGGGCGUGCGCGCGCGCGCACGGUGCGGAGAUGAGCGGGCGCGAGCGUGGGGUGCGCGCGGCGGCGCUCGGUGGGGAGGCGCGUUCGGGCGGGACGCGGCGGCGCGGCGCGCCGAGACGCGCCGCGCCGAGACGCGCCGCGGCCGCCGCGGCCGCCGUCGGGCAGAGCGAAGCCGAGAGCGGUCUAGUGGUGUUUAAUGAAGCGCCGGAGUAUACGUGCGCGAAACGGAAUAAAGCUUUGAGAGAGGCUGCUUACGCCGCGAGGAUGGGGUCGCCGUGGACGCCGGGGUGUCACUCAAAGCUAGGCGAGGAGGGGUGCACGAAGAUUUCAGACGCCGGCGCGCGACUGGCGGCGUUGAGCGAUCACGUGUACGUCAUCUGCAUGAAGUGCGAUAAAAUAGUGCUCCCAUUGCAGUGGGCGGGGAAGGUGACGACGGUGCACGGCGCCGACAUCGAUCCGUGCUACGGGCGCGCGGCCGCGGAUCACUGGCACAAGGCGUCGAUGUCGCACGUGCACGCGCUCCUCGACGCCGUCAAGUACCAGUACAAGACGGUGACCAUCGUCGAAGAAGAUGCGAUAACGGUUUCACCCGAUCGCGUGGACGCCAACGCGGGGUUCGACAUCGACGGCUUAGAGCACGCGAUCAAGAAUGACUCGAGUUGGAACACCGUUCGCGUGGGUUACAGACCAUUCUUUUUCGAGCAACAGUCUGCAAACGUCCCAGUCGGUUCGACACCGCAUUACGCCUGCCCGCUGGCGUGUAAGUGCCACGAAACGACGGCGAAAAACGCGUGCAUCGUGCGCGAGAAUGGAUGUGACAUGCGAAGCAGCGACUUUUACAUGAUUCGCAUGUCGCAGUCGCGCGCCAUCAGAAAAACCGUCGGCGCGGGGAGCACGAUCGACAUGGAAGCUUUACGCAACGUGCAUCAUCAAAUGUACGUGUUGCCGCAGCUCAGCUACCAAGCGAACCUCGAUCGCACGCGCGAGCAGCAAGUGAAUAUGGCUCGACGAUUCAGAGACUUGUGCUUUGUGCCGAAAACUCCGUCCGACGAAGUCGUGCAAGACGCGGCGACGGCGGAGCGCGAGUACGAAGAGCGACGGCGCAAGCUGGAGAAGCGCCGGGACGCGCGCGAGGUCGAGCUCGAGCGCGCGCGAAGGCUCGAGGCUCGAGCGCGCGCCGAGGCGUUUCGACCGCCCGCGCCGGCGCCGGCGGCGACGAGCGAGCGAGAGGCGACGGCGCGCGUCGAGGAGGCGCGCGAUGACGCGCGCGCGAGCGGAGAGGCGCUGCGACGGGCGAAGGAGGAGGCGAGGGCGAGCGAGGCGUGGGACCCGAACCGAGGGUAUAAAAAGUUUCCAAACGUGACGGCGCUCUUCGCGGAGUACGACGCGAAACGCGCGCGAUGGGUGGAGACGAAGCUCGAACGCGCGCUGACGAUUUGGGGUGAGGUGACGGGGGGGGAGUUUAAGACGCUGGAGGCGUUUAAUUGGUACUACGGGGAGGAUUUGGACGCGCGCGACGGCGCGAACGCGAAAUCCGUGACGUACAUGCUGCCCGCGGUGAUGAAAGCGUCGGCACCGCGCGCGGUGGCGGAGAUAUGCGAAGUCGCGUGUCGCAUCGGUGCGCCGAGAAGCGGUGCGAUCGAUUUAGGGGACAAGCUGCGCGCGCAGGCGGUGGCGAAGCUUGAAGAGGCGGCGGAGUUUGAUUUGCUCGAAGACGACGAGUUGGAGACGCUCGAGGCGUUGAGGAGUUGGGUCGUGGAGGAAAAGUAG